GAGGAUCGGCUCCACCAGUGAGAAAAAAAAUCCCAAAUGUGUUCAGUGUGAUCUAACGAGAGUUGUUGACGACGAGUUGAUAAUUGUGAUGCACCUCGAGAGCUAACAUCGAUCGUAGUAUCGGGUGAAGGCUCUUUUCAAUCGCAUGACAAUUAUCGACUGUCAAUCGACGUGAAAAGUUUAUGAAGAUUGAGAAUAGACUGGGGUAAAACGGCGAGUCAGACAUUAUUCAGUGGGAGUUGUAGAGCCGAAGAAUAAAUUAAAUAUGGAACUGGGCCACACAAUAGAGGACUCGAAGAAAAAAUAUCCAGAAUUAACGAACGAACUGCUCCAAGAAUUACGAAUAUACUGUGAAGAAAGGGGCAUUGCACAAGUGCCAGAUGAGAAACUCGCGUUAUUUGCUCACAGCUGUUACUUCGACCUGGAGGCAGCUAAACGAUGUAUGAAUGUGUACUACAAACUACGUUCAACAGUACCAGAAUUCUUCGCCAACCGUGAUCCCACCUCGGAUCACAUUCAGCAUUCUUUGAAGGCCCUGCAAUUUGUGGCUCUACCGAAACCGGAUAGAAAUGGCAAUCGAAUAAUCUUUCAUCGUUUGGCGGAUUAUCGACCCAACCAGUAUAUUUUCAAUGACGGAGUUAAGUUACUACAAAUGUCGGUGGAUGCGAGCUUGCACAGGGAGGGAUGCAGUCCUGGUUAUAUCUUUUUGUUCGACAUGCAGGGAGUUCGAUUGGGCCAUUUGACGAGGCUAUCAAUUACUAGCAUUCGACGAUUCUUCGAGUAUCUUCAGGAGGGACUCCCCGUUAGAUUGAGGGGUAUACAUGUGCUCAAUGCUGUUUGGUUCAUGGACAAAGUAUUGGCAUUGGUUCGGCCUUUUAUGAAGCGAGAGCUGUUUGAUAUGCUCCACCUCUACACGGGCGAUGUGUCUGACAUCUACGAGCACAUAUCCCCUGAGUGCCUUCCGAGUGACUUCGGUGGGGAUUUGGAAUGUCUCGAAACGUUGCAUGAGAAACACAGUCGUAGAUUACACGACCUACGUGACUACUUCCUCGAGGAGGAGCGCCUGUUUCGCUCCUGGGGUCCACCUCAAACUCUCCCCCCCACUCCGGCGGAGGAGGAGAUCAAUGACACCGAGACAAGUCUCGGAACAACGAAAAUUCCGUGAAAGAUGGGUGGAAUUAGUUCUCUGCAGCCAAUUAUCACUUGUUUUCUAAUUACUGAUCUUUUUCACUGUUUUGAUAUUUUUCUAUCGGUAUAUCGGUUAAUUUAGAAGCAGAGAGAGGAGACUAGACAACUUCAUUCCACUUUGGGAUCGGUUUUGGAUGGAUAUCUUCAAAACUGAGUAGAAAAAAUGUUAUUGAGAGUUUUUCUGAGGAACACGAUGCAUAGAUAUUUGUGAUAAAUUAUCGUCAAGUUUAAUUGCAUCACUUUGCUGUAUCUAUUAUU